AAUUGUGUAGAAAAAAAAACAAACCUGAAAUCGAAAAAAUUAAUCAAUUAGCUAAAUGGAAUAAUAAAUGCCGGAUAAUGGCAAAUUUUGAAUUAUACGAUCACAAAAACUUCAUUAUUGAUGAGGAUGACGACAAUGUAGAACAGAGCACAACAAUGGACUGUUUACCGAACCGAACAUCGUCGUGGCAUCGCAGCGACGAAAAUGUGACAUGUGAUAACAGUCGAAGUUUCUGGACAGUGCUGCCAGUCAAGUUAAAAUUACGCACAUGUCACGCGAAUAUUGACACAAAUACAGUAGGAAAGUCGUGUACGAGUAGGAAAAGUAGCAGUUUUUGUAGGAGUCAGACAAUUUUUCGGCAAUUUUGUCUAAUAUUUAUGUACAUAUUUUUAUUGAAUUUAUCAACGUCAACCUGUUUUGCUGCUAGAAAUGAAGAAACAUCAGGCUGUACUUUCCCAUCGCGAUGGGAAGGAUCGUGGUUUCAAUCGGGCGUGCCUGCUCCGAUUCACAUUAAGGGUUCAGUGAUAACUAAUCGAGGUAGAUGUAUAGCUAGCGACGGUGAUAAAUUUCUAUUGGUUAGUGGCGGGUGUCAUCGUUGUGUAGUCAUCUAUGAAAAACAUAAAAAUGUGCUACAAUACAAAGAAAGUGAGUGUCAAGAAGAAAUGUUUGGGGAUGCAAAUCCGGCCGCAAUGCCAAUGCGUACCAUAUUAAAAUCAGAUCAUAAUAGUAGGGUAGGGGGUGCUCAUCCCAACAUGAACGGGCAUUCUAGAUUAUCAUCAUCGGAUCAAUUUCUCUUAUCCAAUGACGAUAGUAGUAAUUGUCCCGGUUGCAGACAACGAGAAACUCUUCAAUAUUUGUGCGAACAAAUUCCGGGAGAUGCUCUGCUGUACAGUAUGUUCAAGGAGAACGCAGAAGCGGUGAAAUGUCCACUGAAAGGUCCCUUCACAUUCACAUACAAUCGCGGGCACGGCGAAUGCAAAAAUCCUGUCAGCAAUAUCGAGAGUUGCACUGAAGAUAGUCGUUUGCUGUUGAGUUUUCAGGCGUGUCCCGAUGUUCACGACACUGAGAGCACAGUUGAGGAAUUAACCUGUCUAGCAACUUGGAAGGACGGUAAUGCACGUUAUCUCGUGGGACUUGUCACACAUCAUCACGCGACAUCGAAUGAGGAACGCUUCCGUUGCUUCGUUUACGAGAAAAUUCAAUCUAUGGGCGGCGCAAAAGAUGCUGAAUACAAGUUGGCGCAAUCCGGAGAUGCGACAUGCAAUGGACUGGAAAGUGCUGAGGUCGGCUCACGCAUAAUGACACUCCGCAAGGCACAACCGACGGAGCGAUGUGACUUCCCGACGUGGUUCAAGGGCCCAAAGCAUUGGCACGCGCUAAUGGGCAACGCUGGUUACGUUUUUCAUCAAAGUGAUGGCUCGAUGCACAUUCUAAAGCAAACGGGUUACAUGGAAACUCGCGCAUUGUGUGAGCAAAUCAAUAAACAGACGCAGGAUGAGAUGCAAGCGGUGGUUCAUUACACGACGGGAUGUAAAUCUGGGUUUAUGUGCAUGAUUUUCUAUCGUCGCGAUACUCAUGUUGCGGAAAUUCAGAUGGGAAAACCAGCAACGAGGGUAGAAGAUGCAUGUGCCCCUGAUCAUUUUGAUCCCAAUAAGAUGCCAUAUGUUACGUUACUUGCAACAAACGCUGAAUCAUCUGUUUGCCCAAUGGAGGGCUCGUAUCUCAUCCGAGGUCGAAUCGGACCUCCUUAUAUGACAUCACGACACAAACGAGGACAUGCCCAUCAUCAUCACGACACAUAUCACAGACGUCAUGGCACCCUAAGUUUCCGCAAUAGCGAAGAAAGUGAACAAUUAUGGCAAUCUGCGGGCAGAAGUCUCUCUCCGAGACAUCGUCGAGCGAUAAUCGACGAAGAAAAUACCGAAGAAGAACCCAUAACAGCUCUUGAGCCUCGUUCAAAACGCGAUUCGCCCGGUUGCAUGAUCGAUUUCAAAGCUAACCGACGUCUUCGGAUGGGAUGCACGCAACAUAAUGUCAUCGAUGUGAACCCAAGUUGCUCCGAUGAGGGAGAUGAAGAAUACUUGUGUCACGGACAAUGGACCGAAAAUUCAACAACUUUUGUCGUGGCAAAGCACGUUGGCUCGAGUCACGGUGUUUGCAUCACUUUUAAACAGAACCCCGAUGGUCAAACGGGAAAUUUCAUCGUGGGCGAUUCGUGUUUCCGCAGUACACCGACUCAAAUGACGCCCUCAGAUCGGCAUCUUGUGUCCAAUAUUACGCAAUUCAGCACAUGUUCCGACACAAGUUCAUCCACGACAACGCAAUGGAGUGCGACAGUGAUGCUGGUUUGCACAUUUUUCACGUUACUCAGAUGAUUCAACGCCAUCCGCACGUUUAAUUAAGCAACAACUGCCUUACAAUUUUAAAUUGUAAUGUUAGUCGACGUCAUUUUACUCAUUUUUUCAUUAAUUUAAGUUUGUUUUUUCUUUUGUUUGCUUAAAAAUACCAAAAUAACAACUUUUCACGGACUCUAAUUGUUAUGUAGGAUCAAAGAUAUAUAAAUAAAAUUAAGAGUAAUGAAUAAAAAUUCAAAUAAAAACAAUAAAAAAAUU